AUGCACACAUUCAAAACCAACUACUUAACCAUGCCCCCAAUAUCAUUGUAACCUCCAUAAACAAAACCUAAAGAAGUAUAGUCGCUGCAAUUAAAAAAAAUGGUGGUUGCCGUAGUUGGUGGCGAAGGAGGUGGUGGUCUUGGAAUUUCAGAUAUGAAGAGCCUAACCAUCCAAGUCGUCGUUGGAAGGUGGUUCACGGUGUUUGCAUCAUUUCUAAUCAUGGCGGCCGCGGGGGCAACAUACAUGUUCGGCCUCUAUUCCGGCGACAUCAAAGCCACGCUCGGGUACGAUCAAACCACGCUCAAUUUGCUCAGCUUCUUCAAGGAUUUAGGGGCAAACGUCGGUGUUUUGUCCGGCCUAAUCAACGAGGUCACGCCUCCUUAUGUGGUACUAUCCAUGGGAGCGAUAUUGAAUUUCUUCGGCUACUUCAUGAUAUGGCUUGCCGUGACAAAGAAGAUGUCCACACAAGUGUGGCUAAUGUGUUUGUACAUAUGUAUUGGUGCUAAUUCACAAGCAUUUGCCAACACCGGAUCGCUUGUGACUUGUGUGAAGAAUUUCCCAGAAAGUAGAGGCGUUGUGCUGGGGAUUUUGAAGGGGUAUGCUGGACUAAGUGGUGCUAUUAUUACUCAAUUGUACCAUGCUUUCUAUGGGAAUGAUUCAAAGGCUUUGAUUCUGCUAAUUGGGUGGCUUCCAGCGGCGAUUUCGUUCGCUUUCCUCCGGACGAUUCGGAUUAUGAAGGUAAUUAGGCAGCCUAAUGAGCUCAAGGUGUUCUAUAAAUUCCUUUAUAUCUCGUUAGGCCUUGCUGGGUUCCUUAUGGUUAUAAUUAUAGUGCAAAAGCAAACUGAUUUUAGUAGGGUUGAGUAUGGUGGGAGUGCUGCUAUGGUACUGUCCUUGCUCUUCUUACCACUACUUGUUGUUGUAAUUGAAGAGUAUAAGACUUGGUUGAUCAAGAGAGAAGCCUUGAAGAAUCCUACACAAGUCCAAGUCAUAACCCAAGAACCCACCACUUCACCACCACCACCACAAAAAGAACUAGCACCACCCAUUUCAGCCGAUCAACAUACCGGAAACGACGACGUUUCGUGCUGGAAAACUGUGUUCAAGCCACCAAAUAGAGGGGAGGAUUACACAAUUCUUCAAGCACUAUUCAGUGUUGAUAUGCUGAUCCUCUUUGUGGCAACAAUUUGUGGUGUUGGUGGAACAUUGACGGCAAUUGACAAUUUGGGACAGAUUGGGGCAUCACUAGGGUACCCAAAGAAGAGCACAAGUACUUUUGUAUCACUAGUGAGUAUAUGGAAUUAUCUUGGUCGAGUCGUGGCAGGUUUCGUCUCCGAAUACUUUCUAAUCAAGUACAAAUUCCCCCGUCCCCUGAUGCUCACUAUGGUCUUGAUUACUGCCUGUGCCGGCCACCUCCUCAUCGCGUUUAAUGUCCCUAACGGCCUCUAUGUGGCGUCAGUGAUCAUCGGCUUCUCCUUCGGCGCACAGUGGCCUUUGCUUUUCGCCAUAAUUUCAGAAAUUUUUGGACUCAAGUACUACUCAACAUUGUACAAUUUCGGGUCAGUAUCAAGCCCUAUAGGUCUGUAUUUGCUCAACGUGAAAGUGACCGGACAUUUGUAUGAUAAAGAGGCAUUGAAGCAAAUGGCAGCAUUGGGAAUCCAGAGAAAGCAUGGGGAGGAGUUGAAUUGCACCGGCUCUGAAUGUUUUAGGCUGUCCUUUUUUAUAAUCACAGCCACAACAUUAUUCGGAACGCUCAUUUCUCUAAUUUUGGUGUUUAGGUCUUGGAAAUUUUAUAAGAGCGACAUCUACAAAAGGUUUCGGGAGAUGGCAAAGGUAGCGGAGGCAGAAAUGGUCGCCACUAAUGACAAACAAACAUUGGAAAGCAAACGGAGAGACAUCUAAACGGAGAUAUGAUUACAGUUUUGGGGUUUAUAGCAGGAGUCGACAUUGAGUCUGUUCCUAUUUGUUAUAGUGAUGAAUGAACUCACUCGAUAUAUUCAAUGUGAGGUAACUUGUUGCAUGUUGAGGUUUUAAAUAGUCUCGCACUUAAAAAUAGUUAAUGUAAAAUAUUAUUAUUCAU